AUGGCUAUUACAGAUCCAAAGGGAUUGCCCAAGAUGGAGUAUGUUCGCUUUGGCAACACGGGGUUACGUGAUGAAGAAGAAUCUCUCGAGGUCAUCGGCAAAGAAGCCUAUGCUGGCAUCAACUUUUUUGAUACAGCUGAUGCCUAUUCAAAUGGAGAAAGUGAACGUGUCCUUGGGAAAGCUAUCCAAAUGUUCAAUAUGCCUCGCUCUCGUAUUGUUGUUGCGACAAAGGUCUUUUAUACAAUAGCUGGUGUUGUGGAAAUUGAUGUACUAGGCAGACAGCUAGAUGGCGAGUCAGAGUACGUCAAUUCAUUUGGGUUUUCUCGCAAACAUAUCUUCGAUGCAUGCAGCGCUUCUCUUGAACGUUCUGGAUUGGAUUACAUUGACCUGUAUCAAAUUCACCGCUUUGACCAUGUCAGUAUAUCAUAA